AUGAGCCUACUGGGCUUUACGUCAGAAGUAUUAGGUAUUCUUGAUCGCCUCCAAAUGUCUAUAUCGACCCUCGAAGGCCAUUCCAGCUGGGUUCGAUCGGUGGCCUUCUCGUCCGACGGCCGCCUACUGGCGUCCGGCUCUAAUAAUGAGACAGUGCGGCUCUGGGACCCAGCGACGGGCGCGCUCACCCAGACCCUCGAAGGCCAUUCCAGCUCGGUUGGAUCGGUAGCCUUCUCGUCCGACGGCCGCCUACUGGCUUCCGGCUCUAAUGAUGAGACAACCCUCGAAGGCCAUUCUAGCCCGGUUCGAUCGGUGGCCUUCUCGCCUAACGGCCGCCUACUGGCUUCCGGCUCUUAUAAUAAGACAGUGCGGCUCUGGGACCUAGCGACGGGCGCGCUUACCCAGACCCUCGAAGGCCAUUCUAGAUCAGUUGGAUCGGUAGCCUUCUCGCCCGACGGCCGCCUACUGGCGUCCGGCUCUUAUAAUGAGACAACCCUCGAAGGCCAUUCUAGAUCAGUUGGAUCGGUGGCCUUCUCGCCCGACGGCCGCCUGCUGGCGUCCGGCUCUUAUAACAAGACAGUGCGGCUCUGGGACCUAGCGACGGGCGCGCUCACCCAGACCCUCAAAGGCCAUUCCGGACCGGUUCGAUCGGUGGCCUUCUCGCCCGACGGCCGCCUGCUGGCGUCCGGCUCUGAUGAUAAGACAGUGCGGCUCUGGGACCCGGCGACGGGCGCGCUUACCUAG